GCGAAAACAAAACCAGCUUACAUACCCACUGUAUGCAAGCUUUUAAAUUUGUGCCAAGUGCAGGUGUGCACUGUCUCAUGAUCCAUUAGGUCCACACACGCCAGGGACGCUGGCCAGAUGCCCGAGUGUGGUUGAGUUACUCUCACGACACAGCUGCACACGGUAUUUAUCGUCCGGCUGGUCCCGCUCAUAUACUGCCUGUUCAGGGGGCUCAGAACAAGCACCACCUGUCAGAUUCAUUAAAUCCGAUUUAAAGUUGUCCUUGAGCUCCCUGUGCAAGUUAAACAAUCCCUAAUUAAAUACAUGAUCAAAGACUUUUCCAUGAGCAGUAACCAAUCAUUACUUAAUAAACUUUCACCACAGUGCAUUACACAACCACAUCACAGAGGUGACUCAGGAAGGGGCAGGAGUUAUCAACCUGGCGAAAAGUCACCGCGUUGCUCCCAGAGUAUGAUUCUGCUAUUCCGGUAACCUGUUUAAAUGGCUGUAAUUUCCAACACAACUAGUUAUUACCUUGAGAUUUCAUUUUCUUUUCUAGCAGAACUGCUGCCUUUUACAUUAAGAGCAACAUGUUCAGGUUUUGUUUAUCCACAGAUCUGUUAAGCGAACGCUGUGCCGUCAGGCUAGCGCUGUGUGAACUGCUUCUGGGAAAAAAAUGGGAGGUGGAAGAUGAGUGGUGCAGUAACAGCUUUUCUUUCUUUCUGUUGAUCGUGUUAUUUUGCUAAAAAUCACCCCCCCAGGUUUUUAAGCAAGGGAGCAGUGACCGCCCGCCGCGGAUUGCAGCCGGCAGCCACCUUUCCCCGUCAGUGCCGCGCAGAGGACGCUGCGGACGCGGAGGGGCCGAAGCGCGCCGCGACCCGUAACCGCGGCCCCGCGCGGCAGCACGGCCGCCACCCGCGGCGUCCGGCUCUCUGACGGCCGGGAGCGCCGCCGACGCUCGCCCGCGAGAUCACCGAUUUUUAAAAUUCCCGCCUAAACUCAGCCCCCAGCCCCGCCCCCCGCGGGGCCCCGCCGCUCCUCGCGCGGAACCGCGGCACGGGCGCUGCAGGAGCCGAGCGCGACACCCCGCUGCCGCCUCUGGCUUCCGCGCCGCCGCCGGGGGCGAGCGCCCCUUCCCGCCCGCGGGGCGUGCCCGGCGCGCGGCCCCGCCCCUCCGAGCGCCGCUCAACGGCCUCGGCGCCGGCCGCCUCGGGCCCCUUCUCCCGCCUGGCGGCUGCGCUCGCCGCCGUGCGAGGGGGCGGGGACGCCGGGCUCGCACACGCGGGCGCAGGCGCGGCGAGGCGGGUGCCCGCGGCGCGGCAGGAGCGACUCCGCGGCGCCCGUUCGGCGAGGGCCGCCCUAAGGCGCCGCCGUGCGCGCCCCCGGCCCCCUCCCCCGCCCGUCCGCCGCCGCCGCCGCGCGGGCCCCCCGAAAAGGGAGAUGGGUCCGGCGCGCUCCCCUCCCCACCUCCUCCGCCUCCUCCACGCUCCCCGGCACCGGCGCGCCCUGCUCGCACCGCGCAUGCACGUACCCCCGCCCCCGGGGCGCGCGCGCGCACUGAGUGCUCGUGCAGGAGGCGGCGGUGACGGCCAGAGAGACGCGCGCAGACCCCCCCCCCAGCCCCCCUCCCCAAAUUCCCCCCCUCCUCCCUCCCUCCCUGCCCCCCCUCCCCGGCCCCCUCCCGCGCGGCGGCAGCGGCGGCAGCGGCAGCCCCCCGCGCUCCCCGGGAAGUGCGGUUCCGCGCGCGCGCGGGCGGCAGGCUCAAGGCAGCCCAUUGUAAGGGCUAAUCUGUCAAAUAUUUAACAAUCAUUUGUUCAGAAAAUUUCCUGCAUUGUUCAUGGAGUUUUUCAUCAGUAUGUCUGAAACCAUUAAAUAUAAUGAUGACGAUCACAAAACCGUGUUUCUGAAAACAUUAAAUGAACAACGAUUGGAAGGAGAAUUUUGUGACAUAGCUAUCGUGGUUGAAGAUGUUAAAUUCAGAGCACAUAGGUGUGUGCUUGCUGCCUGCAGUACCUACUUCAAAAAACUUUUCAAAAAACUGGAAGUUGAUAGUUCAUCAGUAAUAGAAAUAGAUUUUCUUCGUUCUGAUAUUUUUGAGGAAGUUCUCAAUUACAUGUAUACUGCAAAGAUUUCUGUUAAGAAAGAGGAUGUAAAUUUGAUGAUGUCUUCAGGCCAGAUUCUUGGUAUUCGAUUUCUAGAUAAACUCUGCUCUCAAAAACGUGAUGUAUCCAGUCCUGAAGAAAACACACAGUCCAAGAGCAAGUACUGUCUAAAAAUAAACCGUCCUAUGGGGGAACCUAAUGAUACUCAAGAUGAUGAGGUGGAAGAAAUUGGAGAUCAUGAUGACAGUCCAUCAGAUGUGACAGUGGAAGGAACUCCACCAAGUCAGGAAGAUGGAAAAUCACCUACCACUACCCUGAGAGUGCAAGAGGCAAUUCUGAAGGAGUUGGGAAGUGAAGAGGUUCGAAAAGUAAACUGCUAUGGCCAAGAAGUGGAGCCUAUGGAAACAACCGAAUCAAAAGACUUAGGAUCUCAGACCCCUCAGGCUUUGACAUUUAAUGAUGGCAUAAGUGAAGUGAAAGACGAACAGACACCAGGCUGGACCACAGCAGCUGGGGAUAUGAAGUUUGAGUAUUUGCUUUAUGGUCACAGGGAACACAUUGUAUGUCAGGCUUGUGGUAAGACCUUUUCUGAUGAAGCGCGAUUGAGAAAGCAUGAAAAGCUACACACUGCUGAUAGACCAUUUGUUUGUGAAAUGUGUACAAAGGGCUUUACCACGCAAGCUCAUUUGAAAGAGCACCUGAAAAUACAUACAGGUUACAAGCCUUACAGUUGUGAGGUAUGUGGAAAGUCUUUUAUUCGUGCACCGGAUCUAAAAAAGCAUGAAAGAGUUCACAGUAACGAGAGGCCGUUUGCAUGCCAUAUGUGUGAUAAAGCUUUCAAGCACAAGUCCCAUCUCAAAGACCAUGAAAGAAGACACCGAGGAGAGAAACCUUUUGUCUGCAGUUCCUGCACUAAAGCAUUUGCUAAGGCAUCUGAUCUAAAAAGGCAUGAGAACAAUAUGCACAGUGAAAGAAAACAAGUUACUACAGCCAAUUCCAUCCAGAGUGAAACAGAACAGUUACAGGCAGCAGCUAUGGCUGCUGAAGCAGAGCAGCAAUUAGAAACUAUAGCUUGUAGUUAAAAACUAAAGCGGGAACUUUAUCAGAAAUAAUAUAAAAAAUGACAAUGAGCAAAAUCUAUCAUUGGUAUACGUUUAGACUGAGAAUUAUCUUUUCAAGAAAACAUAUUUUUAGAGGAUUUGGAUGCCACAUAGGAACAGAUAGCAUUGCUUGGUUAAGUAUUUUAAAGCAUUUCAGAGAUGGAUAUUCUUAGAAAAUGAAACUGUUUUGUUGUCAUUAGCAGCAUAAUGCACUAAUAUCCCGAUUUAUUUGAGAAUACGAUCAAGUUCUCUAUCAAACAGGGAUCAUCACCAACUGGUGUUUUUUCAUCCUGUGUGGAAUACUGCAUACAAUGUAGACAUUUAAUUCAGUGAUUUAAGUUUGAAAACGUUGAGAUCUCAGAAAAUAACAAAGAUGGAAAGAAUAUACUUGCUUUUCAUAAUUAUGAAGGUGUUAUACCUGCGUUUUUUGAGAAACAGAUGUUGAUUCCCUAAGCUUUUUAAUUGCUCCUUUUUUCACCUAAGUAGGUGCUAGGGGUUGUACAACAAGGGUGUAAGGGGGGACGGUGAUCAAAAUGAAAUUGCUUCUUAGUCCAUUCCCUCAGAUAUCCUCUUAUUUUAAUUAAGGUGGCAAGUUUAAUUAAAUACUUGCUUUCCUGGAAAAGCCUGCAUUGUUCACAGUGGUCCUGGCUGGCAAAGCAGAAGGUCAUGGCAUUCACCAGUCCCUCUGUGGGGAAAAGAGUCUGCCUCUUUUAUUUCUGCACUCACUCUUAUGCAGGCUGCCAGAGAUGAGACAGAGCCACAAAGGAAAUAGGGUGCAGCGUGGAGGAGGCAUCUUCCUUACUUAGACCCAUCAGAAAUUAGUUAAAGCUAACACAGCCUGAGGCUGUAGUUUUUAUUAUGCAGCUUUCAGCUCACCUAACCUAGCACAGUUGCAAAGGAGUGUUUCUGGCAGCACAGGAGAAUUAGCUGUUCCGCUGAGUGACCAGGUGUCACUGCCAGACCUCUGGAGUUGCAGAGCACAGCCAUGGGCUGUUGCACACCUGCCUGCAGCGUUCAGGCUGGCCAUACGGGCUAAUAGGUUCUGCUCAAAUUUUAAAACUUCUGCCUUCUGACCCACCAUCUCUCGGCAAGUGCAAGACUUUAGUCAUCAACUUCAGUUGUUAUUGAUCCAUAAUCAGUGUUCGCUAACAGACUGUUACUUAGUUGCCUGUUUUGUUUUUUCAGGCAAGCUGGGGUAGAUGCUGCUAAUUUAACUUUUAACUCACAGAGUCAAAAUAAGUGGUCUUUGGAUUGCAGUCUUCUACAUGUAGUCAACAAUAGAAGACACAGUAACAGUGGUAAUGUAAUCCAAAGGGGUAUCGAGCCUUUAUUUUAAAUUUGUAAAUACUACAACUGUUGUCAAAACUUCAUUUGAAGUUGGAAUGGGCAAAAAAACACACCCUUGGGCAUGUGGUUGGGUAGCAUUGGUCACUUGCGAUACAUAUAGCAUAUGAAAGUGUUAGACCAGUUUCUGGUAAGUUACUGUGUGGUAGAUCACAUCUUGCUUUUUUCUAAGUAGAAAUUGAAAAUAGUGUUUUUGGAACUGUUAUAUGGAACUUUGAUUAUUGGUUGUUUUUUUUUUUUAUUUGGUUGGGUUUUUUUACAGCUUCAUUUUAUUCAUGUAUUCAUCAGGUUAAGCAGUUAUCUUAAAAUGCCAAUAGCUGUUUGAAAGCUAGUCUGUAAAUAAAACAUGAACUUAAUAUUUUAGAAAAUGUAAACUUUGGACCUUUACCGAUAUAUUUUUUUAAAAUGUUGCUUCAUUUUACAUUCAGUAAUAUUAGUUUGUAAACAAACUAUACAUUUUGUAUCUGUGCAACAUCAAAGGAUGUGUAUUCAUUGCAUUUUAUUGGUUCUCUUGAGGAACAUGAUAAAUGACCAUUGUUAAAAUGUUUUACUGUAUAUGAUCAUAGAUAUAAAAUUGGUAGGUCCAAAAUGGGAUCUACUUUUUUCUAAAUAUAUUAGUCUUGCUAUGUUUUCUUACCUAAAA